GCGGGAAGCAACGUGCAUCAUCUCACGAUCUCCCUCCUCUCCGCGCCGCGCGCCCCAUAUAUAAACCCUCUCUUCUUCUCCAUCACCACCACCGCUCCUCUCUCUCUCCUCCACACCCUCUCUCUCACUCGUUGACUUUUAACUCUAAAACAAUGAGUGCACCAGGCUCCUCCUCUAGAUCCCUUCCCUUCAAAUCGAAGAAACGGCUGGUAGAUCUGUUAGAUUCUCCGUCCUCGAAAUCGCAAACCGGAAACCCUAAUCCUUCCUCUGUACCGUUCCCAACGCCGGAGAAGCCCCCGGAGAACAUGCACACACGAUCCAGAAACCGAUCCGUGGCUCUAUCCGUGAAAGAGAUUCGUCAAGCCGCUGGAUCUGGUCGUAGAUCUGAAGAUCCGGUGGGGAAGGCUUCGUCCGCAAGGAGCCAGCUCUUGUUUUCGUCUAACGAUUCGUCGUCUUCCUCCUUGAAACGGAAGAAGAUCGAUAAAGAGAAAUUACCAGAGAAGUAUGAGAUUCUGGGGAAGUUCUUUGAUGCGUUAGACAGUACGAUUGUUUUGUCGAGAUUAAGAGGUUCUAAACCGAUUUUUUCUAACAUUUCUGGGAAAAUCGAGCAUUUGACUGAAAGGAGGUUUUGUUACAGUCACUUGGCUCAGAUAAAGCAUAUCUUGCCAGAGGCAAUUGAGAUUAAGAGAGUGUUGAUUCAUGAUGAAGCGACUAGCUGUAUGAAACCAGAUCUUCAUGUUACUCUCAAUGCCGAUGCUGUUGAGGAGAAUGACAAGUCCAAAUCAGACAGCAAGAAGAAGAUCUCACUUAGGAAAGUGUUCAGGGAAAGACUUGCAGAUUUUGUUAAAUCCCAUCCUCAGGGUGAUGAAGUGCCAGAGGAACAGCUUCCAGAGCUAUUCAAUAGAAGGAAACCAAAUGAAGAUUCAAAGGCUGAAGAAGUUAAGAGUAUUAGUUCUCUCAUGGGAGAGAUGGCUUCUAUCCCUGCAGCUAAAUUGAUUUCAUCUUUCAUGAAAGUCCCAUCAACUCCAGUCAAUGCACCUUCAAGUCCUGCUAAGUCCCAAAUCAACACUGCACCAACUUCAAGUCCUGCUUUGUCUAAGAUUAACUUGGCUCCAACACCAGUCAAAGCAGUGUCAACUCCAGCUAAUGUACCUUCAACGCCUGCCAAAAUUGACUCAACACCUAGUAUACUCUCAACGCCGGCUAAAAUGGACCCAAUACCAGUCAUUGUUGCUUCAACUCCACCUGAGUUUGCUUCAACUCCUGCUAGAGUCUACAGUACAUCACUUGCAUCUCGUCUGCAGAAAAGGAGCAGCGGUGAUACAACUCCAGAUGAUGUCUCUGCUGACCCACCGGCUAAGCUAGCUAGGCGUUCCUCACUAAGCUCAUCAAGGUCGCUGAACUUUGAUUCUUGUACUGAGGACGAUAAAGCUAUGGAUGUGACAGAUGCUGAUGAAGAAGAUGUUGAGCAAGAACCAGAGGAAGAUGCAUCCAGCGAUGAUGAAAUCCUCAACAUACUUCCAGCAAAACUUCGACAAUCGAUUAAAGAACAAGAGAGGAAAGCAAUUGAAGAAUCAAAUCCAGCAAUCUCAGAGGCAAAGAGAAGGAGGAAGAUGAUAGCUUGUCUACCUAAACUUUUCAAUGUCAUCCAUUACUUGAUUCAGUCAAUAAGGCGUUGGGUGAUCACAAAAGAAGAGCUUGUCCACAAGAUAAUCGCUGGCCAUUCUGAUAUCACCGACAGAAAAGAAGUUGAAGAACAACUAAUCUUAAUGCAAGAGCUGGUCCCAGAAUGGAUCUCUGAGAAAAGAUCAUCAUGUGGAGAUUUGCUAGUAUGCAUAAACAAGUUGGCAUCUCCCCAAACAAUCCGGUCUCAGCUAGAAGAAGAAAACAAGAAAGCAGUUGCUCCAUCGUGCCCUUGAGAUUGCAGUUCUGUCGGCUGCGUUUUGGACUAAGUUAUGGGAGAGUGGCGUGUAGAGAUUAUUAUUAGGUAGUAAGUUAAAGUGGGAGAAGUGUAGUAAGAGGGUGAAAAACAAGUAAUCUUAUUUAAUAAUAAAUCUUACAGAUUUUUGGUAAAUCAUAUUUCUUGGGCAUCAUUGUUGAAAUUUGUAGAGAUGAAGAGAUCUAAUAACAAUGCUUUUCUAUCUUCCAAAGAAAACGUUUGUGGAAUGAUAAAUGACGAAGAAACAUACACAAUGUCUUAAAACUUGCAAGGACUUGGGGAAGGGAUGGAUAAUAAGCAAGAAGAAAGUUGAAGAAAUUGACCGUAGAAGUUCCAAUUGGCUUAAAAUUUGUAGUUAGAACUCAGCUAACAUGUUAACUGAUUUUUCAGUAACUCACUGUCUUCUGUUAAUUCUAUUAUAGACUUUGAUAAAGC